ACAAAAAAUAAAAUUACUUUCUAAUCUAUUCUUAUUCUAUUUCACUAUUUAUUCAUUUCAAUUUUCACUAAAAUUUCAUUAAGAUUGAUUUUCAUUAAAAUUAAAAAUGAUGACAACUUGGUCUGGUCGUUUGUUUUCUUCAUAGAUUCCGGAGAGAGUGUCUGUCUGUGUUGCUGUUGGAACACAGAGACAGAGACCCAGAUAGAGAGAGAAAAAAAAUGAGUUUUUUCUUUUGCUGAGAUCUGAAAGAUCAUCAAAAAUUCAAAACAAAAUCAGGAUGGUUCCAUUUUGAUUCUUGUUUCCAGUUUUAGAUUCUGCAAAAUAAAUAAAAAAAACAAUCUUUUUUUCUUUCUCUUGAGUAAACCACAAGAAAAACUCAACAUUUUGAAUACCCUUUACUCAAAACGUUGUUUUUUUUCUUAGGGAAGGAUAUGGGUUUCUAAAUUUGGAAGAAAGAGGAGUAAAGUUAGUGUCUUUCUUUGUUGGGGUGUUGAGAUUCGGUCUGUGGAAGAAGAAGAAGAAGAAGUGUUUCAAUGAAGGAAGGUGAAAAAGGGUUUUUGGAUCCACAGUUAUGGCACGCUUGUGCUGGUGGAAUGGUUCAGAUACCUCAGGUGAAUACCAAAGUUUUCUACUUUCCACAAGGGCAUGCUGAACAUGCUAACACAAACAUUGAUCUGAGGGUUUCGGUUCCUUCGCUGAUUCUGUGUAAAGUUGUUGAUGUUAAGUUUAUGGCUGACCCGGAAACUGAUGAGGUUUUUGCUAUAAUGAAGCUUCUGCCUUUGAGAAACUCAGAGGUUGGUUACAUUGAAGAAGGUGUUGGUGGUGGUGGUGGUGGUGAUGGUUUGGGGAAUUCUGAAAAGCCUGCUUCUUUUGCGAAGACUUUGACUCAAUCUGAUGCAAACAAUGGUGGAGGGUUUUCUGUUCCGAGAUAUUGCGCUGAGACGAUCUUUCCGCGGCUGGAUUACGCGGCUGAGCCGCCUGUUCAGACGGUGGUGGCGAAGGAUGUUCAUGGCGAGCUUUGGAAGUUUAGGCAUAUAUAUCGAGGGACACCGCGUAGGCACUUGCUUACGACAGGGUGGAGUAGUUUUGUGAACCAGAAGAAGCUUGUUGCUGGUGAUUCUGUGGUGUUUCUGAGGUCUGAGAAUGGUGAAUUGUGUGUCGGAAUUCGAAGGGCGAAGAAGGGAAUUGGUAGUGGUUUUGAUGGUUCAUCUUGUGGUUGGACUUCGGGUUCGGGUUCUAACAGUGUUAAUUGUGGGAUUGGGCCUUUUGGGGCGUUUUCGUUUUUCUUGAAAGAGGAGAAUAAGGCAUUGAGAAAUGGUUGUGUUGGUGUUGGUGGUGAUGUGAGUGGAAGAGUUAAAGUGAGGCAUGAAGAUGUUAUGGAAGCUGUGAAAUUGGCUGCUAAUAACCAACCAUUUGAAGUUGUUUACUAUCCGAGAGCAAGCACUCCCGAGUUUUGUGUUAAGGCUUCAUCUGUUCGAGCUGCUAUGAGGAUUCAAUGGUGUUCCGGGAUGAGGUUCAAGAUGCCGUUUGAAACCGAAGACUCGUCUAGGAUUAGUUGGUUCAUGGGAACCAUUGCUUCUGUUCAUGUUGUCGAUCCUAUUCGCUGGCCUAAUUCCCCGUGGCGCCUUCUUCAGGUUACAUGGGACGAGCCGGAUUUACUACAAAAUGUGAAGUGUGUUAGUCCGUGGUUGGUCGAACUGGUAUCAAACAUACCGGUCCUUCAUUUCACACCAUUCACUCCACCGAGGAAGAAGCUGCGGUUUCCUCAAAACCUCGACUUCCCCCUCGGCGUUCAAUUUCCGUCACCGACGUUUUCAGGCAACCAGCUCGGGCCAAACGGUCCUUUCUUCGGUUUAUCUGAUAAUGCUCCUGCAUGUAUACAGGGAGCCAGGCAAGCUCAAUUUGGAGGAAUAUCUCUUUCAGAUCUCAACCUUAGCAACAAUAAACUUCAGUUAGGGUUGUUUCCGACAAAUGUUCAGCACGUUGACGUGCGUACUAGGAUUUCAAACGGAAACAACAUGAUCAACAAUGAUAAGAACAAAGAAAGCUUAUCGUGCUUGUUGUCCAUAGGGAAAAAGUCUGAUAAGAGUUUGGAGAAAUCUCAAUCUGAUGAUGUUGUUGUUGUUAAGAAACAUCAGUUUUUUCUUUUCGGUCAGCCGAUACUCACUGAGCAACAAAUUUCCAAAAACUGUUCUAAAGAUGUAGUAGUAGAUGAGAGUAAGAACAAAGAGAAGUGGUUUCUGGAUGCAGUUUCAGCAGGAAAAGGUUCUGAUGCUGCAGAGUUCAGUUGGCAACUUGGGCUGGACAUUGGUCACUGCAAGGUUUUCUUGGAGUCAGAAGAUGUUGGAAGGACACUCGAUUUAUCACUUCUUGGUUCUUAUGAAGAGCUCUACAAGAAACUGGCAAACAUGUUUGAUUUAGAGAAAUCUGAGAUGUUGACUCGCGUGUUCUACCGCGAUGCAACAGGUGCUGUGAAACAAACUGGUGAAGAACCCUUCAGUGACUUCAUGAAGACAGCAAAAAGAUUGACAAUUCUGACAGAUUCAGUCAACAAAAAUGUUAGAGGGGCUUGGAUUACAGGAACUAGAAAUGGUGAACAUGGACUGGAUGCAUCAAACAAAACAGGUCCUCUAAGCAUAAUUGCUUAAUGUGGUGUAUCAUUUGAGAUAUUAUUAUUUACUUAAUUUGGUGUAAACAUAUGAGUUAAUGUUAUUGAUUAUGAUGUGUGAAAUUGAAGGACAGUUAUAAAUAAUAUUACUUACCUCUGAAAAGUCUGAAUAUGAAGAGAAUAUUAUAUAGAGAGGUUAAUGUUGUAUCCAAAAAUAGAAGAUUCUCUUAUCAAGAAGGUGGAUUGUUGUGUUUAUUUAAGUGUAGAAGUAAUGAUGCAUUAUAUCAAUGUCAACUAUUAUUGUAAUAAAUGUUAAAUCAAGAUUUGGACCCCACAUUUUGUCA